CUUUUAUUUUCAUACCAUUUCGAUCAGAAAAUUUGGCUCAACUUGUUCUUGUCACAGUGAAUGUAAUAUUCGACUGCUGGAAAUUGGUGGAAAUGGACUUAUUCGGCUCGUUGACCAAGUCAAACCGCAAUCCCCGGCCGGCGCUCAGGCCACCGUGACCUCCCUGAGGAUCCUUGAAACUUGGAAAGAUUAUUACUAUCUCUCAGUCAUCUUUCAGUGGCAGAAGCAUGCGAUGUUUGACACCUUUGAAACUUCUUACGAAGGCGGACUGUGGACUUUUACGAAAAACGCUAGCAUGCUCCAACAAGUGAAAAGAAUACCCAAAACGACACGACUUUUUCAAGUAAAGUAUCAAUGUUCACAGUACUAUUGCGAUUUGGUAUUGAUCGGUUGGCUCACAGGAUCUGUGGCCAAUGAGAAACGCUCCAGAAUUACUGGGACUGACUAUCCGAAGACUGCUACGGUUUUCAACAGAGCACGCUACUAACGUGGACUGUGAAUAUGGCGAUGACAAUGACGAAGUGGACGAGGAUACUGAAAAGGAGGAGGCAGACGAAAAUAACUUUUAUACCAACCUUGAUGAGGAUACCGCAAUGGAUCUUGACGACUAUCUCGACAAUGAACUAGUCACAGACCAAAGUGUGCGACAAAUGGAAGGAAUCAAUGAUGAAAACGAACAGAGCUUCGACGACAUAGAAGAAUCCUCUGACAGCUGGACAGAUGAUAGCGAAACAGAAACCUGGGAUCCUCGGCUAUCCACCAUCAUCGGUAUCCCUUUUGAAGAGGUACUAACAAGGUUACGACAAACGCCUGAAUCCACAGACAGUACGCUCGAACAUCCUUCGUAUUGGGACCUGACGCUUAAUUAUUAUUUCAAGCAUGCAAGGGAAGAAGCUGCCAACAUACAAAGCAUACUGCAAGCCCAGCUUACAGAGGAAGAGGAAUACAUCAUCUGCCACCAUUGUGUUUCUACAAGACAUGAGGCAGGGAGGCUUUUUGGGAUAUUGUUCUGCAUCCACAAGAAAAAAUACCAAGAAGUGGACUAUUAUUACACUUGCUUCAAGAAAGACGUGCAGCGGAGGUUGAUGCGAGCAGAUCCAAGUGUCGUGCGAGCAUGCGGUGUAUUAGCUUAUCUAGCCGAACAGUGGACCGAAAAUAAUGUAAACUAGUCUCCCCUUAUUGUAUAAAAUAAUGCUGGACAUUUGCUUAAAAAAAAAGGUUCACCAUUUCCUCAGAUAAUAUGCAUGCCACAUAGGGUCCAAUGCAAGUGUUGCAUUGACAGCAUGAUGUUUAAUGAUUUGAUCUUUUACAGGAAAAGUCCAGAAGAAUUAUGAUAAGAAAACACUCCACGUGGCAAAAUCAAAGCUUUUACUGUUUUCAUCAACAAUGGCAGGCUUGUUUUUAAGAUCUGUCGUGAGGAAGGACUUUUGAACUUUUUAAUCUUGCUGCUAGUAUUGCUAACCAGCAU